GCUCCUUUUCUAAGCCUAAAACCAUCAUCUGUCUUCCUCUGCCCUUCCGUCCCUACUUCUUUCUUUCCCUUACUCUCAGUCUCGCACACUUUCCUUAUUUUACAGUUUUGAUUAUGGGAAACUUCAUUGCCCUCUUCUCAUUCUUCAUUCUCCUCCUCAUUUUCCCUGUCAACGCCUCAUUAGCCACAUCAACUGUGUCCAAAGACCAAAUAUCAUGCACAAUGUGCUCUGCAUGUGAUAAUCCUUGUCAACCCCUCCCAUCUCCUCCUCCUCCGGUCUCUACUUGCCCUCCACCUCCUCCUCCACCCCCACCGGCUAUUGUCUCUGACUGUCCGCCGCCGCCAGUAACGCCGAGUUCAGGCUCCUAUUACUAUUCCCCGCCGCCGCCAUCAGAGCCUACGUACAUAUACUCGUCUCCGCCUCCACCUGCAGAUGGGGGCGCAUUUUAUCCCCCUCCAAACAAUGGGAACUACCAAGGCCCGCCGCCACCAAACCCAAUAGUUCCUUACUUUCCGUUCUAUUAUUACAACCCACCACCAUCUUCUUUUGUUUCGAAUAACUGUGUCCGCUUGGAGAUGCAUUCCAUUUUUCUCAGCUCCUGUUUCUUUUAUUUUCUGCUACUGAAAUGAUUGCAGAUAACUGUUCAGUAAUAGACAGGUUUUUACUUUAAUAUAUGUAAUUUGGAUAAUGGGAUUUAUUUUUCCUUACUGAUAGAAAAUAAAAUCCGGCGGUUGCAUUGGUCUCUAGACUUACAGCUAAGGAAGUGACAAAGCAGAAGAAACAAUAAGAUGAGGGAACAAUUAUCUCGUCCAUUCCACACUUGUAAUUUUAUCUCUAUGUAUUCUUCAAUGUCAUGAUUAGUGAAAUUAAAUUAAAAUUUUAUAAUA